AUGCAAAUAUUAGUUAAAACAUUAACUGGGAAAAGACAAUCAUUUAAUUUUGAGCCGUCUAGUUCUGUUUAUCAAAUAAAAAUGGCCAUUGAAGAAAAAGAAGGAAUAGAUGCUAAGCAAAUAAGAUUAAUUUAUUCAGGAAAACAAAUGCAUGAUGACAUGAAGUUGAGCGAUUACCGUGUAGUACCCGGUUCAACUAUUCAUAUGAUUUUACAACUAAGAGGAGGAAUUAUUUAA